AUGAAUAAACUCUUUGCACUGAAGUCCGAGUUGCUACCUGCACGUGGUGGCGUUGCUUUCACUAAACGCAACCAGUCAUACGAGUAUACGCAUUUGGAGCGCGUGAGGCUGGGCUUCAUCCAGCGUCCUACAUAUGUGCGUGAGGACAAUCUUGAAUACUUUGUACAAGAUGCUCAGCAAGCAUAUCGAACGAUAGUUCCAAAGACCUUCUCGGUCACUUUUAUUACGAAUAAGAACGGUUCGCAAGGGUUCUCACUGGUCUAG